GCCGAGGGGCGGCGGCGCGGGGCGGUGACGUCGCCCGGCGGCGUGACGCUGGCAGAGCCAUGGCGGCUUUUCGGAGCGGCCGGCGCCGGCCGGCGGCUGAGAGAGAUGCAGGCGCGGCGGCCCGCCGGCCUCUCCGAAAGCGGCACUGGAGACCUGCCCUGCUGCGCGACGUCGUGGGCAGCGUCCAGGAGGGACGAGGAUUUGCAUUUCGGAGAAAACAGAAAAUUGAAAGACAAUACAGAAAGUUUUUGAAGAAGGGAAGAAGGGCAGAUUCACAGCAAGGUGAUCAGUUUACUGAAACAUACCCAGACCACUUGAAACAUCUUUACCUAGCUGAGGAAGAAAUGCUUAAGAAACGGCGCAGGGCUCCAGAUGAUUCAGUUUUAUCAGAAGAAAAAAUGAACAAAGCCGUAGAGUCAGUGGUAACUGAAGGGAACUUCAAGAAGAAAACAGCCAAUCAGAAGGCAAAAGAAGAAUAUGAGAAAAUAAAGGCUGAACGUGCUAGAAAGAAAGAGGAAGCAGAAAAAAGAAGGCAACAAAGAGAAGAAGCUCAGCGGCUGUACAAGCAAAAGAAAAUGGAAGCUUAUAAAGUAUUGAGUAAGAAGACAAAAAGAGGACAGCCAAAUCUAAACUUACAAGUGGAGUUUCUGCUUCAGAAAAUACAACAAAAUACAUAAACCUCUGUAUACGUGUUAA